UCUCUCAUCACCGACUGCACCACUAUUUAAACCACUAGUCAGUUUCUUGAGUGAAGCAUCAAGAGUAGUGAGUAGCAAAGCUCUCCUACCUUUUCUGACUCUUCUUUUCCCCGUUCUCACCAUGGCUUUCAAAGCUCUGCUGUUUCUAUUGGCCACUCUUCUGCUUGUUGCUACAAGAGUUGCGUCCAAUGAGCAGGAAGAGAAGAUUGAGAUUAAAUAUGUUAAAGUUCCUGUACCAGCUGCACCCCCUAGUACCAGUGAAGGCACCACCCCUGCACCCCCAGUUACAACUCCAACUCCAGACCCCCGUACACAGCCCCAAGUCCUGCACCCCAGUCAAGGCUCCUAUCCUCCAUACAAACCCCAACUCCUCACCCCAGUCAAGGCUCCUACUCCCCAUAUAAACCCCAAGUCCUGCACCCCAGUCAAGGUCCUACUCCCCGUACAACCCCAACUCCACACCCCAGUCGAGGCUCCUACUCCCCGUACAAACCCCCAACUCCCACACCCCAGUCGAGGCUCCUACUCCCCCGUACAAACCCCAACUCCCACACCCCCAGUCGAGGCUCCUACUCCCCGUAAAACCCCAACUCCCACACCCCAGUCGAGGCUCCUACUCCCCCGUAUAACCCCCAACUCCUACACCCCCGGUCAAGGCUCCUACUCUCCCCAUAUAAACCCCAACUCCUGCACCCCCACCAAGGCUCCCGCUCCCCAUUAA